CCCACCCAACAUCACCACUAACCUGACCAUGACCCCUCCUCCAAACAUAACAAUGAACCAGACCCAAACAAGCCCACCCAACAUCACCACUAACCUGACCAUGACCCCCCUCCAAACAUAACCAUGAACCUGACCCACACAAUCCCACCCAACAUCACCACUAACUUGACCAUGACCCCACCUCCAAACAUAACAAUGAACCAGACCCAAACAAGCCCACCCAACAUCACCACUAACCUGACCAUGACCCCCCCUCCAAACAUAACCAUGAACCUGACCCACACAAUCCCACCCAACAUCACCACUAACUUGACCAUGACCCCACCUCCAAACAUAACCAUGAACCUGACCCACACAAGCGCACCCAACAUCACCACUAACCUGACCAUGACCCCUCCUCCAAACAUAACCAUGAACCUGACCCAAACAAGCCCUCCCAACAUCACCACCAACCUGACCAUCACCCACCCUCCAAACAUAACCAUGAACCUGACCCAAACACGUCCUCCCAACAUCACCACCAACCUAACCCAAACAAGCCCUCCCAACGUGCCAAACAAUAUAACAUUACCAGGCUCCAAUAUCAUAACCAACAUCAAUAAUCAAUCACUAGCAAUUACUGGCAGGGAUAACUGCAGAAGGGAUAGGGCUUGUUUCUCCGCUCCACCUACUUGUAAUCCAGGUGCACAAGGUUCCUGCUAUUUCCUCUCUACUAAAGGAACAACCGAAAAUGCAGAUAAUUUUACCUUUGAGCUCAGUGGCGAGUCAGAUGGUUACAUUGCAGCUGGACUAUCUCGAGACAGCAGUGGUCAAGGUGCCAUCGUCUAUUCUUGUGCCAAUAUUAAUGGUGUACUCAAGUUCAUCCGUGCCACACUGAACAAUCAAAGACUGACUCAGGAUAACACAUUCAUCCCUGGAAGCUUCCGUGGCUCGGUGAAUGGAAAAACGAUUCAAUGCAUUUUCAAUGCUGCAGGUCUUGGCAGCAGCACCGCUCGUGCUGCAACCACAGAAACUUUCGUCUCUGUUUUAACAGGCAGCAUCUCAAAUGGCUCUCUGGAUUCUCCAGUCACUAUACUGGCCACAGAUAGGUCAGUGGACUUAAGCAACCCUAACAGCACAGAUGUUUCGGUCAUAACGCCCAGUACAAAUGCCACUGCAACUAACGCCACUGCAGCACCAAACACCACUGCAGCACCAAACGCCACUGCAGCACCAAACGCCACUGCAUCUAAUGCCACUGCAGCACCAAACGCCACUGUAUCUACUGUCACUGCAGCACCAAACGCCACUGCAUCUAAUGCCACUGCAGCACCAAACGCCACUGCAUCUAACGCCACUGCAGCACCAAACGCCACUGCAUCUAACGCCACUGCAGCACCAAACGCCACUGCAUCUAACGCCACUGCAGCACCAAACGCCACUGUAUCUAACGCCACUGCAGCACCAAACGCCACUGUAUCUAACGCCACUACAGCAUCAAACGCCACUACAGCAUCAAACGCCACUGCAGCACCAAACGCCACUGUAUCUAACGCCACUACAGCAUCAAAUGCCACUGCAGCAUCAAACGCCACUGCAUCUAAUGCCACUGCAGCACCAAACGCCAAUGCAUCUACUGUCACUGCAGCACCAAACACCACUGCAUCUAAUGCCACUGCAGCACCAAAUGCCACUGCAUCUAACGCCACUGCAGCAUCAAACGCCACUGCAUCUAACGCCACUGCAGCAUCAAACGCAACUGCAUCUAGCGCCACUGCAGCAUCUGCAGCACCAAACGCCACUGCAUCUACUGUCACUGCAGCACCAAACACCACUGCAUCUAACGUCACUGCAGCAUCAAACGCCACUGCAUCUACUGUCACUGCAGCACCAAAGGCCACUGCAUCUAACGCCACUGCAGCACCAAACGCCACUGCAUCAAAAAAUGCCACUGCAUCUUACACCACUGCAGCACCAAACGCCACUGCAUCUAACGCCACUGCAGCAUCAAAUGCAACUGCAUCUAGCGCCACUGCAGCAUCAAAUGCCACUGCAUCUACUGUCACUGCAGCAAGUAAUGCCACUGCAUCUAACGCAACUGCAGCAUCUAAUGCCACUGCAGCAUCAAACACCACUGCAUCUACUGCCACUGCAGCAUCAAACGCAACUGCAACAUCAAACACCACUUCAUCUAACGUUACAGCAAACACUGGUACUACAGUUGUCACCAGGGGCAGCUGUAAGAAGGACAAGGCAUGUUUCUCCACUCCAGCCAGCUGUGAUCCAUCUACUUCCAAUAGCUGCUUUUUUGCCUCCACAAGAGGGGUAAACGGAAGUUCAGAAAAUCUCACUUUUGAGCUCAGUGGGGAGUCGAAUGGUUACAUUGCAGUUGGCCUCUCUCAAGACAACAAGGAGGGCGAUGGUGACACCAUCUAUUCGUGUGCCAACAACAAUGGUGUACCUAAGUUCAUCCGUGCCACACUGAACAACAACAUUCUGACUCAGGAUAACACUUUUGGACCUGGAUCCUUCCGUGGCUCUGUGAACAACGCAAAGAUUCAAUGCAUUUUCAUAGCUGCGGGUCUCAACAGCAGCACCCGUGCGGCAAACACAGGCGCUUAUCUCUUCUUCUUCACUGGCAACUUUACCAAUGGCAAUAUGGGGUCUCCAGUCACACGAAUGGCAACAAAUUCAUCAGUUGAUCUAACCAACAUUAACAGCUCAGAUGUUGCAGUAGUAACACCCACUACAGAUACAGCAUCUAAUACAACCACUUCUACAACUACUACAGCAAAACCUACAACAGGAGGGAGCAACACGCUGCAGCAUGUGGCUUCUCAGGCUGCUGUGGUAAUUCUCUCAGGGAUCCUUGCAGUCCUCCUGUUGUAAGGAUGCUGCCUGGACGUGCCUUUUGCUUUCUGAAACUGGUCGAUGAGCACUGAAGGCUUGAUGAACCCAACACUAAAGUAUAAGUUAUUCUGCACAUUUAUAAUUGUGUGUGUACUGUGACUCUGGAAACAAUGAAGCAAUAAGCUGAAAAUAUGGGGAAGAGGGAACUAUAUCAUUUAUUUAAUCUGUGUGAGAGAGAAAGAUUGUGUGUAUGAGUGUGUGUUUUUGUGAGAGUUAGUGUUUGUAUUCUGCAAAUGUACUGAUACUUAAAACUCAGGCUCCUGCACAGAAUGUGUAUAAUCAGUCUGUUAAUGUAAUGGCGCAAGUCACCAAGUGGCUGAAAUGUCUAGAAAUAGCUAAGAAAAUGAUUUUUAAAUGUCUUUCAUUUAUUUUGUAAUGAAAGUGCACUGCUGCCUCAAAACAUUGAAAAAUUAAGUUACUUGUAUUUUUUUUGUUUUGUUUUGUUUUUUGAAGAAAAGAAUUAUGCAUAAUAAAAAUUAUUUAAAUGUUCAAGUAAACAAUGAGUCAUUCUUAACCGGUGGGUCAAUGAAAGAACAAUGCUAAAUGCAAACAGUUAGGAUCAUUGUUUCUACCUUCAAUUAAUUUGCUAACAGUGAUUGUAAAGUAUAUUAUUACACUGUUAGCUAACUGUGUGAUUAUAAAUGUACAUUUCUGAAAUUACAUAAUUUGGACAGUCAACUCUGAUAACAGAUCACUCUAAAUUAUAAUGUUGACAUGCAUUAUAGCAUUAAGCUGCUUUGAAACAAUAUGU